AUGGACAAAGUCAAUACAGACACUGAGCAGGCUUCAGUCAUGGCUGAAACUGCAGCGCUCAAGGUUCAGAAUGACAUGGAGUCUCGCAAUAUCGACGCCCUUUUUGCCGAGCGACAGCAAUUGGAGGCAAGUGCCCGGCAGAUAGAGACAGACACAGCAGGGGCAAAGCAGGCUACAGAGCUUGUGAUAUCCACAAUGGAUCCUGCGACCCUUGACAAGUACCAAAGACUAAGAGCGGAGAAUGAGGCCAUUGAGACUUGGGCCAAAUCGGAGGCUCUGUCUCACGAGGUGGCGGGCUCAGAGCUACGUCAGGAGUCCUGGAGACUCCGUCAGCAGUUGGGUGAGGUGACUGCUCGCAGGGACGACUGGAGACUCAAAGACCAGGAAACCCCCGAGCAAGAGAGGGAGAGACUACUGCAGCAAGUCAAGGCUGACAACCAGGAGAUUGCCUCCAUGCAGAAGUCGGCGGGGGAGGUGGAGGAAAAGGUGGCAUUGCUGCAAGAGAAGCUGCACAGAAUGGAGGGAGAGUUGGAGGAAGGCAUGGAGGAGAGGAGCCACAAAUACACCGAACUCUGCUCCAAAGAACAAAUGAUCACUGAGUUUCUCAAUGAUUUCGAUCAGAACAAAGCAGCAGAAGAGGAGAAGAUUCAACAGCUCGAGGCCAAUAUAGUGACAACCCUCAGUCACAUCAGUCAGGGAAUGACGCAGAGUCAGCAACUCCCUGAACCAGAUCAGUUCCAGGAACUACAGGCUGACUUGGCUUUCAAGCAGGAGGAGAAGGAGAAGUCAGAGGCCACUGCCAUAUCUCUUGACUCAGAGAAUCAGAAGCUACAGCAGGACCUGGUGAAAGUUGAAGAGCUGGAGGGUAAGGUAACUCGAGAAUUGCAGUCUCUGGGAGAAGAAAUAGACAAAAUGACUCAGAUCUGACAUUGGACUGUAACAGGAGAUAGAGGAGUUCACUGAUAUACCAGCUCUACAACUGAGAGAAGAAGAGACACGACAAGUGAGAC